AUGGAGAAGUUCUCGCAAUACCGUGACAAGGGUUCUGGUAUUGCUCCAUUCCUUCCGAUUCCUCCUGAACCAAAAGGGUUGCAACUUCCCUUUCACAUCUUCCUCUUCGUCUGUCGUGUGCCUUUACUGUUGAUCUUCGCCUUUUCGUAUUUUGCAUUCCUUCAAUGGAUGCCGAUCGGAGUCUUUGGUAGAAAGGCGUCUUUGUGGUGCAUUCUUGGGAUACCGGGCAUAUGGUGGAUAGAUCUACAGAUUGAUGGCGUGAAGAAAGGAUCUUUGGCGCAGAAUAAUGCUCGCCUGCCUCAAGAUGGUUCCAUCAUUGCCUCCUCGAGAGCAUCUCCCAUCGAUGCUUUAUAUCUUGCCGCCAUCUUCGACCCAGUCUUCGCAGCCACGUAUCCAUACACUCGUCAGGUGGAGCCCAUAUCUCUUUUCCAAGCCCUUGUUCGAUCAUUCACUCAUCCAAAACUCCAUCCCUCGAGGGGAGCCAACUUGGUCGAUUUGGAUGUCUUUUUGAGGCGCAACUCGAAUCGCAUUGUGGUCGUCUUCCCCGAAUGUACUACAACUAAUGGACGAGGUAUCCUCCCGAUGAGCCCAAGUCUUUUGACAAUUUCAGCUCGCACGAAGGUAUUCCCCGUCAGUCUGAGGUAUACACCUGCAGAUGUCACCACGCCAGUGCCUCAUAGCUAUUACACUUUUCUCUGGAAUCUUUGCAGCAAACCUUCCCACUGCAUUCGAAUUCGAAUUGCAGAAGCAGUGUACAAUAUAUCGAAGAGACAAAUUGACCCAGCAAUUGCAAAGAGUUCAUCACUCAAUGCCAAUUAUCUUGAUCCAUUAGUAUCUGAUGGUGCAGCCAGUGAUGCGGACACAUUGGUUGGCAGCGAAGAAGGUGAGGGUCCUACGACCAAAGAAGAAAGAGCAUUCUUAGACAGAAUUGCCGAAGCAUUAGCUCGACUGGGACGUGUCAAGAGAGUGGGCUUGGGAGUCAAGGACAAGGUCGACUUCGUGGCCAUGUGGACGAAAUCACAGAAGAGACGAUAG